AUGGCCGGCAGGGAGAGGGACCGGGAGCUGCUCCUCCCGGUGGUGGCCGGCGAGCAUGUUGCCGGCGACGAGGACGACUCGGAGCCGACCACUCCCGUCAUCAUCGCCGGGCCGCCGCCGCCCACGACGUCAGCGCGCGUGCUCCACCUUCACCACCAUCCCACCGGCAUCGAGGUGACAGAUCCGCUUCUGUCGUUCGCAGCGCCUGCUAGCUCCUGUUCGUUUUUCCAUGGCGUUUUCGAGAGUGAUACGGAGCUGGGCAUGGAAGAAGUUUAUGUCUGGAUGCUGCGCACCUCUGUCAUCCUGCUCCCGAUCGACAUCACCUUCUACACGACAUGGUGGUUCAUCCGCUUCGUCGACGGCUUCUUCUCGCCCAUCUACGUCCAUCUCGGGAUACAUCUCUUCGGUCUCGGGUUUGUCACCUCCAUCACCUUCAUCUUCCUCGUCGGCGUGUUCAUGUCGUCGUGGCUGGGCGCCUCGCUCCUCGGCCUCGGCGAGUUCUUCAUCAAGAGGAUGCCGCUAGUGCGCCACAUCUACUCGGCUUCCAAGCAGAUCAGCGCCGCAAUAUCGCCAGACCAGAGCUCAAGAGCCUUCAAGGAGGUGGUGAUCAUCCGGCACCCCAGGAUUGGCGAGUACGCGCUGGGCUUCAUCACGUCGACGGUGGCGCUGCGAGGCGCCGGCGUGCGCGGCGACCAUCUGGACUUUGCCUGCGUCUACGUGCCCACCAACAACCUCUACCUUGGGGACAUCUUCCUCAUGAGCCGCGCCGACGUCAUCAUCCCGGACCUCUCCGUCCGGGAGGCCAUCGAAAUUGUUCUUUCAGGCGGCAUGUCGGUACCAAAGAUCAUAUCGGCUGUAGAGGGGGCCGUUGGCCUCGGCGACCAUUGCCGAGCAGUGAAGGACUCCUAG